CCGUUUCUACACUCUCCGUUUAAAAGAACCCUACGUCAUCACGUCGUGUUGAUUUGAACGUUACGGCGCGGUACCAAGCAGCAGGCUUCAAGUUUUCACAAGCUCGCUGGUUAGCGGCUUUUUCUAGUUAAAUUAAAGAUGUGGGAACAAAACGACAACUUAUAUUUACACGCAGUUAUUGAAUGGCAGUAAGUGUCUCUGUAAGUUUGGUGUUCAAACUGAUCAAAUACGGCUUUCAUCGCGAUAUCUCAUGACAGCGAUGACCUGCAAAUUAAGUGGCCUGUUCAGCAUUGGCGAGGACUUUGAUGAUGAGGACCUGCUCGGGACAGACUGGGCUGUCCCCUCAGCGUCUGGACCAGCCGAUGUGGCAGCUGCUGUGUCAUCCUGCACGCUGCGUGCCUCCUCUGUUGCUCACAGAGAGCCGGAGAAAAACCGCCUUCAGCAAACUGGAGAGAGAUCAGCCGCCUUGUGUAAUGGCACAGCAUCAAGGAGCAGCACACACGCUGCUGCUGCUGCUGCUGCUGCUGGACAAACUGUUGCUCUGGGUUUGAGACAGCCCUCCUCCUCUGCUCAUCUUCAUCCCCCCACACUGAAUACCGCUCAGCCUCAUUUGGCAUUACAACAGAGUCAUGGAGACACUGAGGGGCAGCCGAAGCCCUGUGUGGCUCAGGAUGAUUUUGAUGAUUGGGAUGUCGACCUGGCAGACCUGGAUGAGUGUGAUGGCCAGAUGGGACACUCUCGUGCUCCAACCCCAACUGCGCCCGCGGUCCAGCCUGCAUCUACUGCCAUAGGGCUGCGGCCCCCGACCUGUGGAGGGAUUCAGACACAACCUAACCGGACCCUGAGAGACUUUAGCACUGCACGCCAGGCAUCCGCCAAUCAUAACCCACCUCCUCGGAUCUCCUCCACUCUUCCGCGAUCUCCAAAUCCCCGCCCUUCUUUCUUGUCAGCCACUCCACAAAGUCCUGGUGUUUUCCCUGGACUUACUGCGUCCUCUCCUGUCCCCAGCCCCAUUUCCAGGACACUAAACAGGCCCCAGAGACCAUGGACAACUCCUGUACCCUCCCCUAGGGGCCGCAACCUCUUUGAAACAGUCUCCCCAGCGCCUUCUUCAUCCUCCUCAUCUCUGAGCACCUCCACUCUGAGCCCUCAUCCCCUUCAUACUCCAGUCCUUACAAACCGCCUGGUCCAGCUGGUAUCAGCCUCCAAUAAGCUUCCCAACAAGAGACCUCGCUCUGAACCUCAUCAUACCAGAACCAGACGCUUCCCAGGCCCUGCUGGAUUCCUGCCACAGCAGCCGCAGGGUCAGAGCCUGGAUGACAUUGUGGUUUCUGUCCCUCAGACUCCAGCUCAUGGUGCUGUGGCUCGGCUGCCAAGCCAGGGCUCCAGCUCACAGACUGAAGAAGAAGAGUUCAGCGGCGGUGCCUGGGCGGCGAUGAAGGCAGAGAUGGGAUUGGAUGAGAGGAACCCUUCGUGCUUCCUGCACUCCUACAGCGUGGUCAUGGUGCUCCGAAAGGCUGCUCUGAAACAGCUGGCGAAGAACAAAGUGCCCAACAUGGCCGUGCUCCUGAAGAGCAUCAUCCACACACACGCUGAUGCCAAGGCUGUGUUUAAAGACCCAACAGGGGAGAUUCAGGGAACAGUUCAUCGGCAUCUCCUGGAGGACCGGGCGGAGGAGCUGAAGGUCGGAGCUGUACUCCUGCUCAAACAAGUGGGAGUGUUCUCGCCCUCCCAGCGUAACCAUUACCUGAACGUGACGCCCAACAACCUGCUGAGGAUCUACUCCCCUGACGGAGUCGGCCUGUCCUCCACUCAGCUCCCCCCGCUCGUCCUGGAGCCGAUGCUACAGUCAUGCGCUCAACCUCGCUCCGCCGUCCUCCGGGAGCCUGUGUCUCGGAUGCAGCUGGUGUUUGACGAGGAGGAUGACGAGGGACAACAGGGGGGGGGACGCUCAGAGGGAGGUGAGGACCCUAAAGCCCCAAGAGAGACGCGAGCCGGCUCCAGAGAGCCCGCUGGGAACGCAGCAGCACAGGACUCCGGCUGGGAUGCAGAUGACGACCUGGACAAACUCCUGGGAGAGUUACCUGAGGACACCUACAGCCUCUGAUUUUACAUCAGCAAAAGCUCAGACUGUACAGACUGUCUCCACUGACUGGAGUUAUUUUCACCACUGAACAACAGUAAAGAUGUUAUCCUCUGUUUUCCCCACAUCAAAUCAAUUGUGUGGCCUCUAGAGAACUUCUGAAAAUGUAUAUAUGUUGUAAAAGUUUUUUUUUCUUUCCUCAACUGUGUAUCCAGUUCAUAAAUCCUUCAAAGAAUAGUCUUGAGAUAA